CUAGAGGUUCCUAUAAAUGUACCCAGAAAAUUUUUACCUCAAUUCUAAAGCACCAAUUACUGAAGAAUUUCCUGUAGGUGUGCCAACUGUCAACAAAAUUCUUCCUCAUGGAUGUCCUUGCUUCAAUCUCAUUGAGGUAAUAAUUGAUGAAGAUGAAUUUAGAGCCGGAAGUAAGAAACUUGCUGCACACCUUGCUGAUCUGGAAGUUGAGGUACAUAUUCUGAACCUACUGAGUAACAUGGCAGUUGCAAAAUAAAAAUUAUUACUUAGCUCUUUCCUGCAUGCCUUUUUCCAGCCUUGUACACUUUCCCGACCUUUUACAUGAUCUAGGUCAUA